AUGUUAAUUAGGCUUGCAACAUCCAAUCAUCAGAAGAAUCGCUCAGAAUUAAUAAAAUUAUAACAUAUUUAGAGCCCACUGCCAAAAAAAAGCCCAUGAAUGAUAUAUAAUUAGGUCUAACUUUAAGAGAUUGUAUUCAUAUCUCUCUCUCUCCGUCCGAUACUAAGCAAAUACAACGACGAUCAUGAAUAGAGGAGCAAACUUAGAUUCCAUCCCUAAUCUAAUCCACGUCUCUUAAUUGGGGUCGAACAAGGCGGUGUGUGGAGCUUCUUCUCCUCUCCUCAGCCUCAGGAUCUUUAUGGGAAGUCGUCUCUUGUAGUAGCCACCGAUUUUCAUAUGAAGUUUUCUGAAGACACAACCAUAUACUAUCGUAGCUAUGCUUCUGGUUUGAUAUAUUUCCCUAACAUGCGGAUCUCAAACGAGAAUGACGAUGUAGUGCGUAUGAUAUGUAACCCUAGCACGGGACAGUAUGCAAUCUUACCACUUGACUUGAGAACAGGGUACCAAGACGUAGGCGGCUUUUUAGGGUUUGAUCCGAUUGGCAAGCAAUUCAAGGUUUUGGUCUUUAAACGUAGAGUCGAUGAUAAAUUGGUUUAUCAUAUUAUGAUAUUAGGAACAGAAAAUAUGAGGUGGAGGGAGAACAUAUGUCCCUUAACCUAUGGACCCUAUGGUUAUCGUUGGGAACAUAUAUGUAUUAAUGGUGUCUUGUAUUACAUAGCUGCUGACCCUGAUAAAGAGCAUGAUAUGAUAGGUUGUUUUGAUGUUAGGUCUGAGAAAUUCAAAUUUGUACAUCUAGCCCCAUACUGCUUUCGUUAUUGGUCUCCUAAAUUGAUAAACUAUAAGGGUAAACUAGGUGUGAUUAAUUUGGAGGAUGAUUAUUAUGGAGGAUUUUCCCUUAAGUUACGUAUGUGGGUUCUAGAGAAUGUCGAGAAACAUGAAUGGAGUACAUAUGCCUACACAUUGAGGGCUGAGAAUAAAGUCGUUAAGGUUAGUCAAAAUCUGUCCGUUAUUGGAGUGACUGGUUCGGGUGACAUUGUUUUGGCGAACCAUAAUUUAUAUAAACCGAUUUAUGUUUUCUACUUUAAUCCCGAAAGGAACACUCUCCUAUGUGUUGAAAUCCAAGGUGUUAGGGAAGAGGAAGAAUGGUUUAAAAAUCAUAAAGUUUACUGCUUUGUAAACCAUGUAGAGGAUCUUAGAUUUGAUGUUAUGAAGACAACAUCUAUAAGCCCACCAGAACAGAGCACAUCAACAUCAUCUAUCUAGAGAAGCUCAUCAAGUGAGGACCGUUGCUCACCUGAAACAAGAUCGCUAAACGUUUUAGAGCGUUAACAAAUUUGAUGCUCUGUGUCUUUUAGAAGAUGAUUAAAAUUUACAGGUGUCAAAACCUGAUUGCUUACCUUGCACCCCAAGUCAGCUGAAAGCUCUCUAUAUGAUGCAAGUUGUAUUCUC